UUCUUCAGGCGGGGUAGUUAGUCCGCAUUCGACUGCGCUCGCGGCAGUGUCUCUGAGCGGCCGCGCCGGAAUCGUUCCGAGUUGUGAUUUUUCUUGUGAUUAAUUUUCGACGCUGAUAACGUUCUGUGUCUGUUUUACAUGAACAGCCAUACGGAUAUUGUGAAAAGUUAUUUCUAAACCAUUGGGAUCAAAACUUUUAUACAUACUUUUAGUAAUGUUGUCGUGACGCCAAUAAAAUUGGAACAUUUAGAUCGCACGUUAUUAUGACUAUCUUGCGAGUCAAGUGUCGGUUAUGAUAAGCGAGGUGAUUUGACCAAAACUUGCACCGUUAAAGGAGGGAUACCAAAGAAAAUGUGUGCCAAAAUGUUGUUUUAUAGUUUCUACCUGUUUCCUCUUUUAUGGAUUGGAGUUCUGGCUGAAGAGGAGGUUUCAUCACCGCUUCGAGUGGCUCAGUGUAGAGCUACAUGCUUAGAAAAGUUUGCGGCGCCUCGGCCCAGCGGGGAGUCUUCGUGUUUGCAGGUCCCAGACUGCUUUAUGUGCUGGGAGAACUGUGAACUGCUGCAAUCAAACUUCCAAGUGUGGGGAGCUGUCUGUGAAGAGAGAGAUAUAUGUUUCCCUGGCUGCAAGGUGGCGUGCAAAUUCCACACAGAAGCAGCGAAAGCAUCACAAACCCAGCCGGUGAUCCACACGAAGGGAGAGGGGGUGAUGCGAGUGAGCGGAGCCCUCGCUCGCUGGCCUCCCCCCGCUCCCCGCGCCGCCUCCCGCCCAGCACCCCUCGUCUACGUCGUCAUGCGACGCGCCGCUGAAGGGCCCUGGCGACAGAUCAUACAAACCCAAGCAUUAGCUACAAGAGUACCCUUCAACAACGAAGGAGCACUUCUCAGAGUCCUUGUCGUAGACCCACAAGGUCUCGUCACAAUUUACAGUCCAGACGAAACAUGGGUUGCCCACGACACGAACACGUCAAACGUGGAACAUAAAUGGACUUUAAAAGAAAUAUCCCUCAUCCACCAAAAAGUACUCGUUAUUGGAGAAAUUGCGUGGGAACCUAGAAUAGCAAGGGGAGUAUACCUUGUCACUUGGGAAGUGGAUGGUGGAGGUUUAAAAGGAAAUCUAUUUACAGACUCAACACGAGUUACCUUAUCUUUGUGGCCUGACACAGUCUAUCAUAUACAGGUAGAGUUGGUUUCACGAACUCCAGGAGUUGACAAUGAGAGGUCAGAAACCAUGACAAUUGAUACAAGUCGUGCUCAGAGGGUUUCCACCGAGAGCGUCCAAGACGUACAAGUAAGUGAAGGUGACCGUCUAAUGUCAGUAUUAGUGAGCUCCAUGCGUGGAGAAAGAGUACCUGAGCGUACUCCUGACUCAGAAUUAGUCUUGGGAUGCUUAUCAGCUAUGAUUGCAUUUGGGUUUGCAGUCCUUGUUGCUAUUGUCUGGAGACGAAGAAGGCGAGGUACUUUUCCCGGCACCAACGUUUAUGUAGGCUCAUCGUCUGUCCUAAAAAGAAAAUUGGUUGAAGACUUCACUCCAACAGCACAUUGCUUUCAACCAGUCAUAGCUCCAGAAACCCCCAGCAAUGAGGUAGCCAAGCGAGAUGUCGUUGUGUGACGUCAUAGCUUUGAUAUGCUGUCACUAGAAGACCGCACCUUCAGUUCCUAAAUCUAUAGACAUUGAUGUGAAAGAGAUGGUGUUAUUUCCAUAAGUGAACUUUGUGAUACAACUGAUUUUCAGCAGGACUAAACAUGAACCAAUUUUAAAGUGAAGUGUAUGUGCUAUUCAGUUAAAAACUUUAAAAAUUAAAAUUAGUAUAAAUGUACAUGCUGCUGUAAUAAAAUACUAUUGUGAAUUUUUUGUAUGUAGAUUAGGAGAUUGUAAAUUGAGAAUUAUUAUAAAUGUAUUUAUGAAACACAGUAAGAUUAACACCAGAAAAUUUAGCAGUGUAAAUACGUUAAGUGCAAAAUAGUGAACUGUAAUUUUCUAACUUGGAAAUUGUUUAUACUGCUUGUAUAUACCUAUUACUAUAUUACGCGUAUCGCCGUAUGUGUUGGACCUUUCUUUAUCGUCUCAGUGAAUCUCGAUAUAAAGUCACGUUUUAUAGACUUGUCAGUAUAAAUAUUACUAGAACUAUUUUUACAACUAGUCCAUUAUUAUCGUUUAGUUAACAUAGCUAUUAGUUUUAAUUUACUAUUGAUAGUUUCAAUGAGUAAACACUCAUUCUAGUGAACUUUACGAUGUCUUCUUCAGCAAUAAAUAUUAUGUAUGUAUUUGUAAAUAUUCGAUACAUUUAUUAUAUAAACAUAACAGAGAAAUUAUAUUUUUCUUGGACUUCAAUGGACAUGUUUCUAGAUAUUACGAGUGAAAAGAAAAAUAUUUCUAAAGGAAUUCUGUAAAAAGGAUUUUGUUUCAAAUCAGUAUUGUUAAACCCAAUUGGUAGGUCAGACUAAUUAACUUCUUUUGAUUCCUUGUAACGUUUAUAAUGUAGGCAUAAUUUGUUUAAAGUUGAUGUUAGGCUCUAAACGGCGUACUUAAGUAACUUAAUUUCAAUGAUAAAACCGAUUCUGAUGAUGUAAAUGGUGAAUUUUGUUUUUAACCAAAAUCCGUGUAGCGUAAGUUAGGAUGGUUAAAUUUAUUUAUUUUUGUGAUUAAUCUUGUACCUUCACUCGAAAUGUAAAUAACAUUAAUGCUAAUGAAGCUGGAGUUUAACGAGUAUGAAUAAAUAUGUCUGCCAAAUUA